AGGGAAUUCCGAUGGGAUUACAAUAGCUCAUUAACAGCAUGUAAUCUGAAUUUUGAGUGACAAGCUGGCGCGACACUUUACUUCGAAAAUUCAAUUCCAAAAGGGAGUUUCUUUCAGAUAAAUAAAAAUCAAAAUGAGUUUGAAAAAGAAAGUGUGCGGUCUGUGGUGCAAGCACAAGCCUUCGAACAACCAAAAAGCAUUGGCCUUAGCCUUUAUGCCAUCAGCUGCAACCUUCGGACUGGCUGCAGCUUUGGCUGUUGUUUACUAUACCGAUUGGAAAGUAAUUGCCGGAUGGAUUCCCCUAUACAACACCAAAUUUCCGAAGCCCGAAGAUCCAAAGAAAGCGAAGAAAUAAGAGAUGCAUCACUUAUUUUUAGGCUCUGUGAUUGAACAAAUUCGAACCCUGAAGAUCGUGCCUUUUCUCAAAAUAUAAUUCAAAUAAACGUUUUUACUGGCAUUCA